GAGAGAGCGAGCUCUGUCUUCGUCAAGCAAUGAAAGUUAUACAUACAUCCCCCAGCUACCCACUACUGUUUUCCAUGCGCCGACGGGAACAGGGGCUAGUCGAGCAAGCACACGCCGUCAAAUGGUGUCAUUUGCUAACGUCGCCUCACGGCUUCGAGCGGCCGUUCGCCAAAGCGACGGUCUUGCAAUUGGUACGGAUGGACUGGAGUCGUCGGCUUCUCAUCUCACUCGUAGUAUACUCGAUCGCAGGGAUUUGAGACCAAGAGAGGAUAGUGGACCGCCGUUUCAGAUUCAGGAGAACUUCCUGGCUCGUCUAGACUCGGGCUCGUCAGCUGGAGGUGGAAUGUCGUCACGAUUCCGUUUUCUUUCCGAGUUAGGACUGGCUGUUUUACCCACUGGUGGGACAAAUCCGAUUCCAUUGGACUAUGCUGCACCUCCUGCUCGUCCGAACAUCGUCUGUGAAAAAGAACUGUACGAAACUUCUGGUGAAAUGAUAUUGCUGGCUUUCCGUGACCUCUUUGCAACGUUUCUUGUCAUGCUUCCGUUUGCGUUCACAAUGGGCUGGUUACCACAGUAUCUCCCGAACAAGCACCUAAGCGGUACAGGCAGCAGUAGUCGCCUCUGCUGUGCAGCGUCUGGAGAACAAAACGAAGAUGAGAGAAUCAAAGAUUCAGAUGAACUUGACGUUUCUGACCCGUUACCGGGACGUCUUCGUGAAGCUGUUGUCCUGCGAGCGCGCCAUGAUGUCCUAUUCUCAGCAUUUCUGUCCCUUCUUGUGUUUGCCUUACAUUCAACGUCGUUGUUCACUGCUACGCAACCAUAUUUUACGGCAAUCAUUAUCCCUAUCUGCAUAGCCUUCGGUAUUAUGAAUCACUAUCUCUAUGAGCAACUUAGAACGCAUACACCGUGGAAACUGAUUGCGAAACCCAUUCUUCAUUCCCACGAAUAUACACAGUUCGAGAGCCCUGAUGAGGCGAAACUUAUGAAUUUCGAGAUCAUUCAUGUGUGGAUGCUGGCUAUAGAGAAGAAUCU